AAAUAAUUAACUUUUAUUGUGGAUUUUUUUUUUUCUGUGACUUUGGUUCCUUCUUUUCUGACAUCACAUUUAACUGUUAGAAGGAAGGAAAGGAAUACAAAAACAAAGUUCUCUUUUCUCUGUAUACUAGUGUUGUCUUUUAAAAGGUUUCAGAAAGAAUGGAUCCUGACUAUUCUGAAAUCUUUGCCCAGGCUUCCUUAGAAACCAACCGUUCAGAAGAUAUUGAAGGUUUUUUAGGUGAAAAAAGAAAGAUGAUUCAGCCCCAGUCCCUCAAUGAUCCGAAACUUGAAGAACUAAAAACGUUUCUGAUUGACUGGAUCAAUGGAUCCCUGCACCAGGAGCACAUUGUGGUGAAGAGCCUGGAGGAGGAUCUUUUCGAUGGGCUCAUACUGCAUCACCUCCUAGCAAGAUUAGGGGAUGUUAAAUUGGACGUAGAAGAAAUAGCCCUGACUGCUGCUGCUCAGAAAAGGAAGCUCCGUGUUGUAAUGGACGCCCUGAAGGAGAAGCUUAGGCUGCCAGAUGAGGCCCUGCAGAAGUGGAGUGUGGAGCAAAUCCAUAGCCGGGAUUUGCUGGCGACCUUGCAUCUCUUGGUUGCCAUGGCAAAGCAUUUCAAACCCAGCCUGGAGCUGCCGGCCAAUGUGUCUGUGGAAGUGCUUCUCCUGGAGGUUAGCAAAAAUGGAAUCAAGUCAGAAAAAAUGAUUGAAUACAUUACAGACCAAGGUGUUGUUGCAGAGGACACGGGUAAUCCUAUGGAUGAGCUGCUGAAACUGGGACCACAGAAAGUGAGCGCGGUGAAGCAGGCCAUUUUGCAUUUUGUGAACAAGAACCUGUCCAACCUGGGUUUAUCAGUGAGCAACAUGGACAGCCAGUUUUCUGAUGGCGUGAUUCUGAUUUUACUGAUCGGGCAGCUGAACGGCUAUUUUGUUCAUCUCAACGAGUUCUGUUUCAGUCCAACCACCACUGCAGAAAUGCUCCAGAAUGUGUCUCUAGCGCUGGAGCUGUUAAAGGAUCAGGGGCUGCUGCAGCAUCCCAUUGCACCAGAAGAUAUCGUUUCCCAGGAUGUGAAAGCAACUCUGAGUGUUCUGUACGCUUUGUUUAAAAAAUACAAGAACAAGUGAUGAGCUGAGGAUUCAUGAUACAGUCAUAGAAGUGCUCCAGUCACACCGGAUCAGAAACACGUUGAGAAACAUUUUAAACACUGGUACGUUGGGUCCUCAGAAAACGAACUGCUCCAGUGAAGCAACGCCAUAGCUUACCAAGAUCAGGAAAACAUGCACAAAGCUGCACUGGGAGCCAAGAUGUCCCUGGAAAUAAUCACUGCACAUUCUAUAUACACUGAACAAAAAUAUAAACGCAACAUGCAACAAUUUCAAAGAUUUUACUGAGUUACAGUUCAUAUAAGGAAAUCAGUCAAUUGAAAUACAUUCAUUAGGCCCUAAUCUAUGGAUUUCACAUGACUGGGAACACAGAUAUGCGUCUGUUGGUCAAAGAUACCUUAAAAAAAGAAAAGGUAGGGGCGUGGAUCAGAAAACCAGUCAGUAUCUGGUGUGACCACCAUUUGCC